GUUCGUCCUGCAGGUCUGGGCAUCGCUGGUAUUCACACCCUGUCUCGCCCUCCCAUCCGUGAAGCGUCAGGGGCACAGCUCAGUGACACUUUGUGGUGUUGGUGUGAGCCUCGGACAGAACGCGGGCAUAAAGCAGGCCUUACCAGAAAGAACAGUGACUGUACAUGUACGCCUGAACUUGUGAAGAUAAUGGAGGAAGCUGGAUCAUCCAUGUUACUGGGAAUCAGCCCCAUCCCUGUUGUUGUAAUUGGGAACGGACCCUCUGCCAUUUGUCUCUCCUACCUUUUGUCCGGGUAUCGGCCUUACUUCAAAGAAUCCUCAAUCCAUCCCAAUCCCAUUCUUCAAAGGAAACUGCAACAGAAUCUGGGGAUCUCCAUCAUAGAACAGGAUUUGGAGCACUUGUCUGAAGGGCUGGAAGGACGAUCCCACAAUCCGGUAGCUGUUCUGUUCGAUUCCCUCCUGCGUCCCAAUGCCGAUUUUGGUGUGUCCAUGGAAUCAGUGCUCACCUGGAGACGAGAGCCUAACCAUUACAUUCCUCACCUGGUCCUGGGCAAGGGCCCACUGGGAGGGGCUUGGCAUUCGAUCGAAGGAGCCAUGUUUACCCUCAGUCUCGGCGACUGGAUGGAGCUCCCUGACCUUCCCUUCAGGGACUGGAUGAGACUCAAGCGAAGGUGCCUUCGGAAUGACCGCGCCAUGACGUCCGAUAUCGCCAGCUAUUACCAGCACUAUGCCAGGGCCAAGGGACUGCAGGGCCACUUUCUAUGCGGCACUGUUGUGACUUCGGUGAGGAGGGUUAGCCUGGAUUCCAUUGCGGAAAACCAGGUCAAUGUGAGCACGGAUAAUCCAGCGGGAGCUCAAGGCUUGAGGCCACCCACCAGCGCCAGCCUCUUUGAGGUGAGCGGUUCCAGCAGUUCAGAGGACGGCUCGGAAAAGGCUUUCUGCAUCUUGGCAGAGAAGGUCGUCUUGGCAACAGGCAUGUAUGACAGCCCCGCCCGGCUUGGUGUCGACGGGGAGGAUCUUCCGUUUGUUCACCACACAACGUCAGAACUGGAAAGAGCCCUGGAGGAGCGGGAGAUGGGGCUGAACUCUGACCCCAUUCUGAUCGUCGGAGGUGGCCUAACUGCUGCAGACGCCGUCAUCGCCGCUCACCACGGUAACGCCUCGGUGAUCCAUGUGUUCCGCAGAGGGGUCAAUGACCCAGGGCUGAUCUUCAACCAGCUUCCCAAAGUCAUGUACCCAGAGUAUCACAAGGUCCACCAGAUGAUGACCCAGCAGUCCUGCACCACCACAGGACCCUACGAAGGGUACCUCAGCCUCCCCCAACACCGCGUGCUGGCUUUCACCCCAGACAGGAAGUGCAUCAUCGAAGACCUGACAUCAGAGAAGAAGACGUUCAAUGUCUCCAAGGCCUUCAUCCUGAUUGGCUCGAAUCCCAACUUGACCUUCCUGCCCGAUUGCGGAAGGCCCCUGGCUGUCAACACAGAGCUCCCCGUUAACAGCAAACGUAACCCACUCGACGUGGAUUGCUACACUUACGAGUGCAUCCAGGAACGGGGACUUUAUGCCCUGGGCCCACUGGUGGGUGAUCACUUCGUACGUUUCCUACAAGGAGGGGCCCUGGCUGUGGUGAGGACACUCCACAAGGAGCGACAGGAUGCUCAGUUUCAUACUGACCAGCAGCUCCUGAUCAGCUGACGUUGUGGGUACCAGCACACAAGCUGUGCAUGCGGGUAAAUUGUCGAGGGCAAUGUAGGCAGGGUUACCAUCCAGAAGCACCCUUUCAUGUUCGCCAUGUUUACAGCCCCUUCCAGAGCAUGGGCGCAAGGCUCAAAUUGCCUCAGAGUCCAGGCUGGCAUGAAGCUAUGCCCAGUUCGGGGGGGGGGGGUACUGAGGCCGAGACAGGUAACUCAGUGACCAAGUGAGCACCAUCUGUUGGGUUAUGGGCAGCAUAGUAGGUAGCCUUGGCAUCAAGUCAACCUCUAUCACUUGCUAAGCAAAUCCAUUUCAGGUUUGCAACUCAGUAUAACUCAACAUUUAAGGGCAUUGCCAACCCUCUCACUCCCGGGAGAAAUUACGAACGAGAAAGCAAAAGCCCAUUCCUGCAUUUCUGGUUAGCUGGGAAUCCGAUAUGGAAACCCUGGAAGUGGGAAGCAGACUUGGGGGGUCGGGGGCGGGGGGGACCUUCCAAGACACACAGCCUGGGGAGAUGCCCAGGGAAUUCCAGACAUAACCCAUGGAAUCCCAAAGGACACCCGAGGAUCCUGAACCAUGCAGGGAUAGCUGCAGACUGUAGGGUGAUCUUAUUGUGUGGUAUAGACUGUAGGACACCACGUGCAGUACCAGAAAUUAUUGAUCUAACUUGAAUCCUUAUACCCUGACUCAGGUGUAAAGCAAGUUAAUUCUGGAAAAUAACUUCUUUUUCUAACACCCACAGUUUGUAAAGAUUAAGAUAUUUUAAUA